AGUGUAAUACGAUUAAAUCAAUGGUUUCAAUUACACGAUAGUGUUAGGUUUUAAUUAAUGGUGUAGAAGAUGUGAAGUGAAAGAUAGUAUAAACUAUUUGUAUACAAUAGGUUUAUCUCUACAUAAUUCAAUCAGUGAAACGUGCCAACAAAGUUUUAAAUCAAGAUAGACUUGUCAGUAUGAGUGAGUGCGAAACAUCAAUUGGCUACCAUCAUCGAAGCAAAUUUCCGAAGAGUGUAAAACAUGCGACAAACGCGAGCGGAUUCUUCGAGGUGCAAAUCCUCUCGCUGACGAACAACAGGGGCACCCUGGUGGACGGUAGGUGUUGCGGCGGGGGAGGCGAUGGCGGAGGAAAAGGAGAAUUACCACCGUGCACGACACCGUGCUCGACGGCCUUCUGGCUCUGCUUGAAGGAAUACCAGUCGAACGUCACAGCCAUAGGCUCGUGUAGCUUUGGCAACGUAUCUAGUCACGCCCUCGGCCAGAACACCUUCACCCUCAGCGAACCGGUCACCCUACAACUGCACUUCACCUUCCGAUGGACGAGGCAAUUCACGCUUAUCCUGCAAGCGAGAGACGAGGCGAGCACAGGCGUGAUCGAGGAAGCAAGUUUCAGCGGCAUUGUCCUGCCAGGACCCACGUGGCACACUCUCAAUCAUGAAGGGAGAAACGCUCAUCUAGCUUAUCGCGUUCGGGUCCAGUGCGCGGAUCAUUAUUACAACGCGACCUGCACGAAGUUCUGCAGGCCAAGGAACGACAUAUUCGGCCAUUACACCUGCGACGAGAACGGCGACAAGGUGUGCAUACAGGGUUGGAAAGGCGCCGACUGUGAGAUAGCGGUGUGCAAGGAGGGUUGCCACCCCGUCCACGGUCACUGCAACGUCAGCGGCGAAUGCAAAUGUCGACACGGUUGGCGCGGUGAACUCUGCGACCAGUGCACCCCCUACCCUGGUUGCAAGCACGGAUAUUGCAACGGUUCCAGUUGGCAGUGUAUCUGCGACACGAAUUGGGGCGGCAUCCUCUGCGACCAGGACCUCAAUUAUUGCGGCACCCACGAGCCCUGUCAAAACGGCGCGUGCGAGAACACGGCGCCGGACCAGUACAAAUGCACCUGUCCCGAGGGAUUCUCGGGACCGACCUGCGAGAAGGUGGACAACCCCUGCGCCUCCAAUCCUUGCGCCAACGGAGCGACUUGCAGGGAACUCGGUGAGAGCGCGCAUUGCGAGUGUGCCCCUGGAUUCUCCGGCCCUUACUGCGCCACGGAUAUAGACGAGUGCGCCUCCCAACCUUGCCAAAAUGGCGGCACCUGCGUCGACGGGAAGAACGAAUUCGUGUGCAAUUGUCCACCGGCCUGGCAGGGUGUUCUCUGCCAAUUCGACGUGGAUGAGUGCGCCCUGAAGGAAUCCCCCUGCAAAAAUUCAUUGACCUGUGUGAAUCUUGCCGGUGAUUACAAAUGUCGCUGCAGGAGCGGUUUCACGGGGAAGAACUGCACGAAGAACAUCAACGAUUGCAUCGGCCAGUGCCAGCACGGGGCAUUGUGCAUCGAUCUGGUCGACGAUUAUCACUGCAGCUGCACCGCCGGCUAUUCGGGCAAGGAUUGCGACGUGGACAUCGACGAGUGCGCCUCGAAGCCGUGUCAGAACGGCGGCGAAUGCAGAGACCUGGUGAACGCGUACGAGUGCGUUUGUCCUGUCGGUUUCACCGGAUAUCAGUGCGAGAUCGACAAGGAUCAUUGCAGCCCGAACCCUUGCAGAAAUUCCGCGCCUUGUUUCAAUACGCAGACAGAUUACUACUGCCACUGUCCGGAACAAUGGCAAGGGAAGAAUUGUUCCGAGCCAGCCUCCCAUAAUCCGCAAUUCGGCAUGAUGGACGAGGAGUCCGGGUGCGGCAGCGAGGGCACACCAUGCGGCGGCAGGGGUAGAUGCAGCGGUGGCAGAUGCAUUUGUGACGCCGGGUAUACAGGGAUGCACUGUCACGAGAACAUCAACGAUUGCAGGGGUAAUCCUUGUUUGAACGGUGGCACGUGUGUCGAUUUGGUUAACUCGUUCCAGUGUAUCUGUAGAGAGGGAUGGACCGGAGAUCUGUGCGAUCAAGACGUGGACGAGUGUACGAACUCACCCUGCCGCAACAACGGCACCUGCGUGGACGGUGUCGCGGACUUCACCUGCAUCUGCAGGGGUGGAUGGAAGGGCAAAACUUGUACUCUUCGCGCUGGACACUGCGAACCAGGUUGGGAGGGAGCAGCAUGCCACAUAGCAUCUCCGGCGUGCGCGAGCAAUCCUUGCGAGAACGGGGCGACCUGCGUGAACACCGCCGAUGGGAAUUACAGAUGCGUCUGUCGCGAAGGUUUCGAGGGUCCGAAUUGCCGUCGAGACGUCGACGAUUGCCAGCCAUUGCCUUGCUUGAACGGGGGUAAAUGCGUGGACGGGAUCAACUGGUUCAGAUGCGAGUGCGCGCCAGGCUUUACCGGUCCAGAUUGUCGUAUAAACGUGAACGAAUGCGCCAGCGAUCCCUGCACGACUGGGUCCACGUGUGUGGACGGUAUAGCGAGCUACACUUGCAUCUGCCCGCCAGGAAGGACCGGGGUACGCUGCGAGAUUCGUACAGCGGGUGGACCAGGAUGCCCGGUGGCUAGCUGGGACGACGAUUGCAACGUCUGCGAAUGUCGUAACGGGAAGAACCAGUGCAGCAAUAUCUGGUGCGGUCCUGGAAACUGUCUGAACGGUACAUCGUGUCUGGCUCACGAGGUAUGCGUGCCUAGUCCGAACGAAAGUUGUCUAGCUCCGCCGUGUCCAGCAUGGGGCGAAUGUCGCCCCGUGGAAACUGGAAGAAGAGUAGGGCCGCCCGCUCUACCGGCACCGCCCUCCUGUUGGCCUGGACAAGCCACGCCGGGCCCAACCUGUUCCAGGCUUACCAUCCUGUUAAGAAGAGACACUCUGGCCGCCAGUACAUCGGUAGAGAUCCUCUGUAGACGAUUGAGAAAACUUCUAUCCGAUCCGAGAAGGCCACAGUCGAUCGUUCUUCUGUGCGAUCUUAAGCCUGGUGAUAACGACACAGUGGAAGUGACCAUAUUCUCGGAAGCGGCCGCAGAUGCGGCCAGAGAUCUAGGCGAGGCCCUUAGCAGACCCCUGGGCAGACCACUCGCUCUGGCCUCCGUGCUCGAGGUCAAAGUGGAGACGGCCUUGCUCAGCGAACCGAGUUCCGUAAACUCGAGCAGCGCGGGAAGCUACGUGGCCGUCCUCGGCGGAGCUCUGGCGACCGUUUUGGUGUUGGCUUUGUUCGGUGGACUGUGGUAUCUUCGAACGGUCAGACAAAGAUCCAGCCUGACCGCGACGACCAGCAGCGAGACAUCGUUGCAUCGACACCGCAGCGAUUUGGACGAAAAAUCGAACAAUCUUCAAAACGAGGAGAAUCUUAGGAGAUACGCGAACCCUUUGAAAGACCAGGAUCAAGGAGAACCAAGAGUUUCCGUGGUGAGACCUUUGUCUGGAACUUCGUUGGGUGCGCUCGGUGCAACCGAAGAGAGUUUGGAAAUGGUCUCGGACGAGAGUAGACAUCGGUUGCCACCACUUUACAAAGCUCCCAGCGCAGAAGCCAGGAACAAUACCGCUAGUUUUACGUACGAAGAAGGGCCUCAUAAACCGUACAGCAAACCUAGAUUGCAGGAGCCGACGUAUUCUCAGCAAGGGAGCAGCAAUCAGACAUCGGGACCGCAUCAAGUACUGACGGUGCACGUGUAAUGCCCGCAGACUUACGGAUGUUUCGUGAAAAAUUUCA